UAUUUUAUUCAUUCCAUGACUGAACUAUUGUCCUUCUACAAAAGAGAAAAGUCCCUCACACUCAACACACUCACUAUGCUUCCCUUGUUAUUGUUCUUGUGCAUCAUAUUUAGGCAUGGAGUUGAAGCUUCCACACCAACAGAAGUAGUUGGAUAUGGCUACACCAUCUCAAGUGUGGCCAGUGAUCACUUUGGGAAGUCGUUGACUGCUACUCUUAGCCUCAUCAAAUCUUCUUCUCUCCAUGGACCUGACAUCCCACAACUCAAACUCUCUGCCAGUUUUGAGAACAAGGAUAGGCUAAGAGUAACAAUAACAGACUCUACCCACCAAAGAUGGGAGAUCCCAGAAGAAGUGAUUCCUAGAGGUUCCUAUUACCCUCACUGCUCUCUCAGCACCAAACAAUUCCCUUCUAAACAAGAAGUAAAACUAUCUCUGACAACAGCAAACUCAGACCUCAUAUUCAGCCUCCACAACACCACCCCAUUUGGCUUCACUAUCUCGCGCAAGUCCUCCAAGGACAUCCUCUUUGAUACCUCACCAGACCCUUCCAACCCUUCAACUUUCAUUGUGUUCAAGGACCAGUAUCUUCAGCUAUCUUCCUCACUCCCAAGUGAAAGAGCCUCCCUUUACGGUUUUGGUGAGCACACAAAGAGUUCCUUCAAGUUGCAACCAAACCAGACCCUCACACUAUGGAAUGCAGAUAUUGCUAGUUUCAACCUUGACUUGAACCUUUAUGGCUCUCACCCUUUUUACAUGGAUGUAAGGAAAGGGUCUAAAGAUGGAAGAGUGAAGUCUGGGAGCACACAUGGGGUGUUGCUGCUAAAUAGCAAUGGGAUGGAUGUUGUAUAUGGUGGCGACCGUAUAACUUACAAGGUGAUUGGUGGAUUGUUUGAUCUUUACUUUUUUGCUGGAUCAUCGCCCGAGCUGGUGAUGGAGCAGUACACUGAACUCAUUGGAAGACCUGCUCCUAUGCCUUAUUGGUCUUUUGGUUUUCAUCAGUGUAGAUGGGGCUACAAGAAUGUAAGUGAUCUCAAGGGUGUGGUUGCCAACUAUGCAAAAGCAAACAUACCCCUUGAAGUUAUGUGGACAGAUAUCGAUUACAUGGAUGCAUAUCAAGAUUUCACCCUUGAUCCUAUCAACUUUCCACGGGAUAAGAUGAAAACAUUUGUUGAUACCCUUCACCAAAAUGGCCAGAAAUAUGUGCUUAUCUUGGAUCCUGGUAUCCAUGUGAAUCAAACAUAUGCAACUUUUGUCAGAGGAUUGGAGGAUGAUAUAUACAUCAAGAGAAAUGGAGUCAAUUACCUUGGUCAAGUUUGGCCUGGACCAGUUUACUACCCUGAUUUCUUGAAUCCAAGCAGCCAAAAGUUUUGGGGUACAGAAGUCAAAUUAUUUAGAGAGCUUCUCCCAUUUGACGGUAUUUGGCUUGACAUGAAUGAGUUGUCUAAUUUCAUCACUUCUCCCCCGAAUCCAUCGUCUAGUCUUGACAACCCUCCCUAUAAAAUUAAUAAUUCCGGAGUUAUGCAACAGAUCAAUUACAGAACAGUCCCGGCAACAUCUUUACAUUUUGGCAAUAUCACUGAAUAUGAUUCCCAUAAUUUAUAUGGACUCUUAGAAUCCAAAGCAACCAACAAGGUUUUAAAGGAUAUAAGUGGCAAAAGGCCAUUCAUUCUCAGUAGAUCAACUUUUGUUAGUUCUGGCAAGUACACAGCUCACUGGACAGGAGAUAAUGCUGCCACAUGGAAUGAUUUAGCAUACUCAAUCCCUUCUAUUUUAAAUUUUGGAAUAUUUGGAAUUCCAAUGGUUGGAGCAGAUAUAUGUGGCUUUUCGGGAAAUACAACUGAAGAACUUUGUAGGCGCUGGAUCCAGCUGGGGGCUUUUUAUCCCUUUACAAGAGAUCAUUCGGACAACACUUCCAAUAGGCAAGAGCUAUAUCUUUGGGAUUCAGUUGCUGAAUCGGCUAGGAAAGUGCUCGGCCUGCGCUAUUGCCUCCUCCCUUACCUUUACACACUAAUGUAUGAGGCACACACAAAAGGGACACCAAUUGCAAGACCCCUUUUCUUUUCAUUUCCUGAGGAUGUCACAACAUAUGAUAUAAGUUCACAGUUUCUUCUAGGAAAAGGGGUUUUAGUGUCACCUGUACUAAAGCCGGGGGCUAUAACGGUUGAUGCAUACUUCCCUGCAGGAAACUGGUUUGAUCUCUUCAAUUUCUCGAAUUCAGUGAGUGCUGAAUCAGGAAAAUAUGUUACCCUUGAUGCUCCAUCUGAUCACAUAAAUGUGCAUGUUGGUGAAGGUAACAUCUUGGCCAUGCAAGGAGAGGCAUUGACAACAGAAGCCGCCCGGAAGACCCGAUUUCAUCUUGUGGUGGUUGUUAGUAGCAGCAAAACUAGCUAUGGACAAGUUUAUUUGGAUGAUGGGGAGACACUUGACAUAUCAGGACAGAAUGAGCCAUGGACAUUGGUUAGUUUUUAUGGUGCAUUGCAGAAAAAUAGUGUUUUUGUUGCAUCUAAUGUCACUAAUGGAAGAUUUGCCCUGGAACAAAGAUGGAUCAUAGAAAAGGUCACUUUCUUGGGAAUACCUAAGCAUAAGAGAAUAAGUUAUAUGAAUGGAACAGGUUCACUGAAGAUGGUUGUCAAGACUCACAAUGAUGACUCCUCACAGUUUGUUACUAUACAAGUUUCAGAAUUGUCACUGCUUAUUGGAGAGGAAUUUAAGCUUGAAAUUGAAAUAUAAGGAACAAGGGAAAUUAAAGUUGUUUUUUUCUUUUUAUCUACUGAAGGAAUGUUCUUGCUGUAGGUAUUCCUCACAAAUGUCAUGUUCUGUAACAAAAAUAAAGAAUACUAUCAACAUGGCUGGGAAUCUAAGUACUAAGAAACCAUAUCUGUAUUAAUACUGUGGUUGUAUAGCGUGAUUGGUUUGCUGUUUUAAAUGAUUUUAUUGUGUUAGAGCUCA